AUGGCCAGCCCUGUUACUAGUAGCGCAUCUGUUUCCCCUUCAUCAUCUGGCUCUGGCAAGUUGACCGACCAGGAAUUGGUGCAGUGGCGUGCGUCAAGCGAGGCUGGAGAGAAGUUCAGCCAACUCUUCUACCGUGCCAUGGACAGACCACGGCGCACCGAUAUACCGGGCUUCUUGAUGCCUGCGAUUCAGCUUCUCUGGAAUGGCAAUCGAUUGGAAGGCAAACAGCAAGUGCUUGAGUUCUACCAGACUCGGUUACCGGCCAGCGCUACGACAGUGAACUGUGUCUCAGCUCAGCCAGUACAAAGUAAUAUCGCAUCUUUGCACAGACGGUUCAUCACAUUUUUGCUAUUAUAG